AUGACUUUCAAGCUCAUUGGCAGGCGGUUUGGUAGUACCUGGGCUCAAUUGGCUGAAUGCUAUACAAAGUCCAGGCGAGCUUUACCUGACAAACUACCUCUAAUGGUUCAGAGAAACCAGCAAGUCAGAUGCGGUAUACUUGUUCCGUCUCUGGCAUCCGAACGCGGCUCCUCUUUUUUGAGCGCAUUGCUUGCCGACGUUUAUAGUUCAGAUCAGUACUGGUUCGAAGUGUUUUCGGGUAGGCAUUUGAAGCCUAUGACUAACUUAAUAAGAUAUGGGCCUGCCUUUGAUUUUCAGAUUAUUGGUAAAUUGAGAACUUUUACAUUGCCUUCUCCCUGGUUACAAGAACAUAACGUACAAUUCUUUGAAUCGGAAUAUUUGCAAGACUCACAAGACGGAUGCCACCUUUAUCUUAAUCUAAACCCUAAACCAGUCGCAAUUCCCUGGCCAUUGCUUCAAUUAACAGAUAUUGAAUCAACGUUUGUUAUGGGCAACCGUGAAGUCAAUAGUACUCUAGCUUUGGAAGGAAUACAGAAGUUCAUCAAUGACAAAUCUAGUGUUAAAAAUUACCUGUCUAGUCUUGAAACGUCUAACUUCUUGACUGUGAGUAAAGAGCUGGCCUUGAAACUCGACAAUAGGACGGAAAUUUUCCAGCAAUUAGGAAAGGCAGUUAUUAAAAAUAUCUAUCAGACUGACCCAAGCGUUGCCGAAUAUGAAAAGUUUAAGUGCAGUGAAAGAGAAGCGAUAGAGAAGAUCAAUGAAUGGGCAUUUGAGGCGCAUAAAGAAUUGCAACAACAUUUACGGCCCUUGUUAGAAUCUUUCGCCAAGAAUGAGCUGUCAAUCUUUAAAGUCUACGGAUUUUCGGAGAAUAAGCUUCAAUUGAAGCUUCGCGAAAUCUGUGACUUAUCAGAAAGCUCCAAAAUUGUCGACAAAUUGAAUCACACUCGAGGUAUCUUGUCACUGCCUUAUCAAGAUUCUAAGUUGGAUGAAAAAAGCCUGAUGCUCCAUCGAGCUCCUCUUCUUAAAAAAGAUAUUAAUAAUGCCAUUUAUAGGCAGUUCUUUACGUUGCAAUUGCCGCUCAUUCUCUGUUCCGUAUUGGGAGUCGUCUCUCAUCAAUUUUCUGCAUAUUCUAUGGGCUCUUUGGCCGCCUUUGGCAUAACUCUCGGGUUUAGCAAGGUUUUGAGUUAUUGGUCUUCAAUUUUACAGCACUAUGUUGAUGAUGUGGUUGAACAUACGCGAAUUAGAAUUGAGAAACAGAAAGGUGCUUUGAUUACCGAGUGGAAAGAGCAUACUCUGAAAGAAAGAAAAUCCUUGGAAUUCAAAAUCAAGGUAUUGAAUGACUUAUGCAAGUGA